AUUCAUCUAAAAAAGGUCAAAAACUCCCUCACCGUCUCUCUCUCCCCGCAGACAAAGAAAGCUUUGCAAUUUGCAAACUCAUUCAUUAUUAUUUGUACCCAUCUUCUCUUAACCAAAAAAAAUGUCUACAGAAGAUAAGAGGUGAGGAUAUCUUCUCCAUCCGACAUCAGACAAGCCCUCCAAGUUUUGUUCUCUGUGUUUCGUUCCUGUCUGAAGAAGAAAUGGGAAGCAAAUGGCGAAAAGCAAAGAUAGCUUUAGGUGUAAAUCUGUGCCUUUACGUUCCCAAAACGCUCGAAGAAGAGUCGAGAAGAUCAAACGACGCCGUUUCGCUUUCUCCGGUAACGGUUCCAAGGCCCACGACGCCGGUUCCUUCCUCCUCUGGUCUCAGAUUGCCUCGGUCUUUUAGCAAAUCCUCAUCAAAGAAAACGUGUGCAAUAUGUUUAACCGCGAUGAAAGCUGGACAAGGCCACGCCAUCUUCACAGCGGAAUGCUCACACUCGUUUCAUUUCCACUGCAUCACCACCAACGUCAAGCACGGCAAUCAGAUCUGUCCCGUCUGCCGCGCCAAAUGGAACGAGGUCCCUCUUCAGAGCCCUAAUGCUAAGUCCAAGUCCCCUGUGAAACCCAUAAUUAGACCAAGAGAUGAUGCUUGGAUGACACUACCACCGCGCAGGUCUGCUCAGAACCAACCUUCUCCACGUCCAAGACCCGUCUCAUCGAUCUUCAACACCGAGCCAGCUGUUUUUAACGACGACGAGGCUCUGGAACAUCAGAACCGCCCUGCUGAAACCGAGCCUGGUGUUACAGGGAAGUUAGAAGUUAAAACGUAUACAGAAGUCUCAGAAGUGUUGAGAUCGGUUUCCUUUAAAGAUUUCGCUGUACUCAUCAACCUUAAAGCUCCUUCCGCUUCGAAGUCUUCCUCACGCGCGCCCGUUGAUAUAGUGACGGUUCUUGACGUGAGCGGAAGCAUGGCGGGAACAAAGCUAGCGCUGCUAAAACGUGCGAUGGGGUUCGUGAUACAGAACCUCGGCCCGUUCGACCGUCUCUCCGUUAUCUCCUUCUCCUCCACGUCGCGACGUAGCUUCCCUCUCCGUCUCAUGAACGAGACCGGUAAGCAAGAGGCGCUGCAGGCGGUUAACUCGCUGGUCUCGAACGGAGGGACUAACAUCGCUGAAGGGUUGAAGAAAGGCGCGAAGGUUCUGAUCGACCGUAGAUUCAAGAACUCGGUGUCUAGCAUCGUGCUCUUAACAGACGGUCAAGAUACAUACACCAUGACUAGUCCCACUGGUGGUGGACCUAAAGGAGGUGAUUACAAAACGCUUCUUCCUAAAGAAGUAAACCGGAUCCCGGUUCACGCGUUUGGGUUUGGCGCUGACCAUGAUGCUUGUUUGAUGCAUUCCAUUGCGGAGAACUCUGGAGGGACGUUUUCUUUUAUAGAGUCUGAGACUGUUAUACAAGACGCGUUUGCGCAGUGCAUUGGUGGUCUUCUCAGCGUCGUGGUGCAGGAGCUGAGCGUUAGGGUUGAGUGUGUUCAUCCUGUGUUGAGGAUUGGUUCGGUUAAAGCUGGAAGCUACCGGUUUGAUUCGAGUACCGGGACUAUAGGAGUUGGUGAUCUCUACGCUGAGGAAGAGAGGAACUUCUUGGUGAAUCUUGAUGUUCCCGUCGUUAACGGCGUCGUUUCGGAUUCUAUGUCGUUGCUUAGGGUUAGAUGUGUUUAUAGAGAUCCGGUGACGAAAGAGACUGUUGAGUUGAGUAAUUCUAGUGAAGUGAAGAUUUUCAGACCGGUGGUGAUGUCGGAAGGAAGAGCUGUUGUCUCGGUUGAAGUUGAUAGACAGAGAAUAAGGUUACGUGCAGCGGAAGCAAUCUCUGAAGCUAGGGUUUUAGCUGAGCGGGGUGAGUUAACAGAAGCUGUUUCGGUUCUAGAGGCUUGUCGUGGGGUUUUGUCGGAGGCUGUGUCGGGGAAAGCGGGAGAUCCGUUGUGUGUGUCUUUGUGUGCGGAGCUGAAGGAGACGCAGGAGAGGAUGGCGAGCAGACAAGUGUACGAGACUUCGGGUAGGGCUUAUGUUCUCGCUGGUCUGAGCUCGCAUUCGUGGCAACGAGCCACGGCGAGAGGGGAUAUGAGUGAUACCACGACGAUGAGUUACCAGACGCGGUCGAUGGUGGAUAUGGUGAAUCUUUCUCAGACCAUGAACUUUGGUUCCCCUUUGGCGAACUCGAGUUCGAGUCCGAAUCCACCGGGUCGGAGGAAACUUCGGCAGGCUCUUACUUUUCCGGCGAGGCCAAGAGCUAGGUGAUUGCUUGCUGGGAAGGGGUUUGAACAUUGUGGUUUUUUUUUCUUAGUAUGAUUUUUAUUUUGCAACUGGGAGGGGUAGUUUAUGUUUAAUUUCUCAAUUUUGGGGGUAUAAGUUGAAUGAUUAGCUUUCUUGUGGGUUUGAAACAAAGAACAAGAAAAUGGGACAAAUGUGGCUUAGGUAUAUAUAAUGGCAUUUUUAGCAAGAGUGGCUUUAUUAUUGGUUUCCUAAUUAUAAAAUAA